AUGUUUUCAUUUUUUAUUUAUGGAGGCGCUAAUGAGCAAAAUGUUGAUCAAGGUGGAGGCUCUAAUGAGCAAAAUGUUGAUCAAGGUGGAGGCGCUAAUGAGCAAAAUGUUGAUCAAGGUGGAGGCGCUAAUGAGCAAAAUGUUGAUCAAGGUGGAGGCACUAAUGAGCAAAAUGUUGUUCAAGAUGGAGGCGCUAAUGAGCAAAAUGUUGAUCAAGGUGGAGGCACUAAUGAGCAAAAUGUUGUUCAAGAUGGAGGCGCUAAUGAGCAAAAUGUUGAUCAAGAUGGAGGCCCUAGUGAGCAAAAUGUUGUUCAAGAUGGAGGCGUUAAUGAGCAAAAUGUUGAUCAAGAUGGAGGCGCUAAUGAGCAAAAUGUUGUUCAAGAUGGAGGCGCUAAUGAGCAAACUGUUGGUCAAGUUGUAGGAGCUAAUGAGUAA